CAUCGCUGUCAUCUCAGAUGUCUUAUCGAGUGAAGAAAUAGUCAUUAAAAGGUCAUUAGAAACCAAUCAAAACAAAAUUUGGAAUCAUUACAAUUCGCCCAAGAAACAAAGGUCAAACCUUUUUUCAUUUCGUUUGUUUGCACAGCCAUAUUUUUGGUCAAAUUUAAUUUGUUUUUCCGCUUAAAGCUUGUCAGACUGCAAUAAACACAGAUCCAGCAAUGAAAUGUCGCAUUUGAAGGCUAUUGUAUCUGACGGUGCAGUGUUGUAAUUCAUAACAAAUACAAUCAAACAAACAUAUGUCACAACAAAUCACAAACAAUCAACAAUUAUGGCAAACAAAAGUCGUGCAAUCGUGAAAAAUUGCCCGAAAUGCGACCAUAGUGUGGCCGUCGCCUCGAAAUCGUGUAAAAAUAAGGCUUGCGGUCAUUCCUUUUUCGAUGCUAAACGAACGACACGAUCAAGGUCUGCCCAAUCCGCUGUGGAUGAAGAGAUGUUACGACGACGAACGAAACGCGUACGUCGUGAGAAGCCCAACUAUUACGAUUCGCAGGAGUUCGACAAAAAGAAGAAGAAAAAGGAUCGUCGGGGACGUCCGAAAGCCAUUUGUCAGGAAAUACCUCAACGAAGCAGCAAAAGUCCAGCCAAUACAAAGGAAUCCACAGCAGCCAGAGCCAAACGGCGAAGAUUACGGAAAGAGCAGGAGAAUGGGGGAGGUGACAUUUGUGCCCGAUUGACAACAGAGAAACAAGAAUUGGCCGCAUUAAUUUUGGCUGAAAUUAAUCGGAAAAUUGGAUCGGUGGUGUGGAGGCCACCAAAUUAGCCUUUAGUUUAGCAACGUUAAUGAUAUUCUGUGUUCCGAGAAGCUCAUUCAGAAGCUCAUUCAUAUAGUUUUACUGGACAUUUAUUGUAUAAGGACUGUAUUUUGUAAUAAAGAUGUGUACAAAUCAGAA